GUGAGAGCGCCGCGAAGUGCCAUUGGGAGCUCGCGUUCCGACGCGACCAGACCGUGUUGCGAGCGCCCGGGGGCGCCGGCGGCACUCUUGCGAGCGCCCGGGGCAGCCGGCGAAUCUGUUCCGUCGGCCGCGGGGGGCAGACCAAGUGAGAGCGCAGCGAAGUGCCCACUGGGAGCUUACGUUCGACGCGAACAGACAGCCGGAGGCACUCAUAUCACCUCUGGUGGCGCGUUCAGGGACAGAGAGCCAUGCCGUGCGUCGUCGAGAGCGGCCUCGAGGCGCGCGAGGCGGACAGCUUCGAGUACCGCCGGGCGGCCCUGGACCGGCUGCGCGACCGCGGCCUGCUGAGCGAGCGCGAGCACCGGCGAAAGCUGGCGCGCGCGCGCUCGCGGCUCGCGGAGCUCGAGCGCGCGCGCGCGGCCGAGGAGGCGGCGCGCGCGCGGGCCGCGGCGGCGGCCGUUGCCGAGCGGCGGCGCGCGGCGGACGCGGAGCGCGCGCGCGAGCGGCUCCGCGGCGCGUCCUACGGCGUGGACCACCUGCCGUCGCUCUGGUUCGCGGCGGUCGUCAUCCAGAAGACGUGGCGCGGCGUCCUCUGCCGCGUCGUCGCGAAGGCCAUCGUCAUCCAGAAGUACUGGCGCGGGUGCUUCACGCGGAAAACCGCGCGCCGGCAGCGCGUGGCCGCCCAGGCCAUCGUCAUCCAGAAGUACUGGCGCGGCGCGGCGACGCGGCGGCGGCCGCGCCGCGCCCUCCGCGCCGGCGCGCGGUCCGUCGCGGCGGCGCGGAGCUUCCGGGGCCUCUAG